ACCUCAACACCAUCUCUCUCUCAUAUUAGGGUUCUAUUUCUCUCCGCCCUUCUAAUUUUUCUACCCACAGCAUCACACACUACCAGCUGCGACAUUAGCACCACAGAGCCAUGGCUUCAGAGAAGAAACUAUCGAACCCAAUGAGAGAGAUCAAAGUGCAGAAGUUAGUCCUCAACAUAUCCGUAGGCGAGAGCGGAGAUCGCCUUACUAGAGCCGCUAAGGUCUUGGAGCAACUCAGUGGCCAAGCCCCUGUUUUUUCCAAAGCAAGGUACACUGUGCGGUCCUUUGGGAUCAGGCGUAAUGAGAAGAUCGCAUGCUAUGUCACGGUCAGGGGUGACAAGGCCAUGCAACUUUUGGAAAGUGGGUUGAAGGUGAAGGAAUAUGAGCUGCUGAGGAGGAACUUCAGUGAUACUGGCUGUUUUGGGUUUGGUAUUCAGGAACACAUUGAUCUUGGAAUCAAGUACGAUCCUUCAACUGGCAUUUAUGGUAUGGAUUUCUAUGUUGUCCUGGAACGCCCAGGUUAUCGUGUUGGGCGUCGUCGUAGGUGCAAGUCUACUGUUGGAAUCCAGCAUAGGGUCACAAAGGAGGAUGCCAUGAAGUGGUUCCAAGUCAAAUAUGAGGGAGUGAUCCUGAACAAGUCCCAGAAUAUUGGGGGUUAGCUCCAAAGUAUCAUUAGACCUUUUUUGUGUUGUAUGCGGACAAAAAUCUUAAGGACGCUUGGAAGUUCAUAGUUUUGGAACAUGUCUUUUGUUUCUUUUAUAGACCAGGAUAUGUCUACUUACCAAAUUUUCUAAAUGAGGGUUCUCAUUCUCACCUCUUCUUUGUGGUUUACUUGGCGGCCAGUUAAUUUUUAUUGGUUUUUAAUUAUCCAAUUGUUUGUUGUUUA